AGAAACUGCCAACAGAUAACAAGAAAGAACCUGAAAAUGCAACUUCUUUUUGAAUCCCCUUAACCUCUCUUUCUCAGACAAAACAAAAACGCAGAAAACCAACAAAAAAACACCCGCUUUCACUCUGGGGAAAUUACCACGCCAUGGAUUCCCGUUCCGGAGGAAAAAUUGUGACGAAUAGGCGAAAGAGAUACGCCGUCGGUCCAUACGACCGUCCACCACCACCACCGCCGCCGCCGGAAGUACAGCAACCGUUUCCUAAAAGCCCUAAUUGGCUUACCGGCCGUGUUGUUCCGGCGACGCGUACGAUUCUCUCCGGCGCCGCGAAGAUUUUAACAUCUGUAUUCAAUUCCGACUCUUCUUCUUCCUCGUCUUCCUCCGACGCUGAUUCCAUGUUUGCGGAUGAUGCUAGAGAACAUAAUGAUAUUGGCUUGGAAGUGGAUGAGUUAAGCAAGGAUCCUCAAUUAAGUGGAGAGAGAAGUACAACGAAGCACCUAAUUGAGCAGCUACUUAUGCAGGAGACAUUUUCAAGGAAGGAGCGUGAUAGGUUAGUAACAAUCAUCAACUCCAGGGUUGUUGAUUUUUCAUCACUAGAAGGAGAAGGCAGCUUUGGUUUGCGCUCCGCAAUACCUGAUCAAGCAAUUGCAGAUGAUACGCUGGAUCUCAGCAGUCGUGCAAUUGUAGAAGCAAGGAAAUGGUUAGAGGAAAAGAGAGAGGAAAAGAGAGACGGAUUGGGUUUAGAUAUUACUCACGGAGGUUUAAGCUCUGGAGUUAAAAACGUGGAUGAUACUUUUGGCUCACCGGUAGAUAUGGCUAGGUCAUAUAUGAAGGUUCGUCCUCCAUGGGCCUCUCCUACUGUUGAUCAGAGUGGACUUGGAACCCCCUCACAUCUGAAGGCAAAGCUCUUUGAGGAAGGAACACCGUAUACUGGGGAUUCUUCUUCUUCCUUAAAGAAAAAGAAUUCUUUUGCAUCUGGCUCAUGGAAUAUUCAUGAUGAAAUACGAAAAGUACGGUCAAAAGCAACUGAGGAUCUGUUACGUGCUCGCCCUUUCAAGGCAGAACCAAAAUCUGCAGUUGGUAAUUUGACAGGAACUAGUACCGGAGAGAAGAUAAAUAGCUCAAGUUCUUUGAGACUUACUAAACUGUCAGAUGUACCAAUUAAGUGGUCAGAUGUGGAAAUAACACAAGAUGAUGGAGAAAAUAUCACUCAGCCUCUAAAUCCUGCCUCUUCCGUUCAGCUCCAUGAUCAGGGUAUUGAGGUAAGUAGGGUUGGCGAGCAUGCUGCUUGUGAAUCGCACAGGCCCAAUGGUCCAGCUUUCCCCUCAGAGCACAGUGAUGGUCUUCGUAUAACUGGCGCUGAUGCACAUGAGGUGACUCAAACAAAUGCAGCACAAAGUUCUAAUGGAUAUGCAUCUAUAGAAAUAGAAGCUAGUUUGUCUGCAGGUCUAACAUCAGGACAAAACAAUGUGCAUGUCGGCGGUGAGAAGCCUAAACCAGGAAUGUCGAUUCAGCAGAAAUUGACUGAAUCUACCCAAGUCGAGGAUAAGUGUGAGCUUCUUAGCGAAUCUGCUGUGGAUGUACCAGAAAUGAACGAAACAACCGACAGUCCAGCUGCUUCGAUGCCUAGUGAAGAAUUAUCACAGGAGGAACCGGGUUUGGUACGUGAGUUGGCAAAGAAUGGCAAAGUUGUGAAGCAACAAGGAAAGAGACCAGUCAGAAAUGUGAGAAAGACGAGAGCAAAGAGGUAAAUGAUGGGAUACGUAGACCAGGCAGUUUGUAGACCUGAAGCUUCUGUAUAUUAGCUUGAAGGAGAAAUUUAAGCAAUUGUAGGAGUAUACUUGAUUAAUUUAAGCUAUUGUAGGAGAAUCCUUGAUUCAUCUUUUCCUUUCUUUGUAGACCACGUUGUGUAGUUGUAUUCUUAAGUUCGUGUAGGGGACUAUUACCAAUACUCUCUC